AUGGUUGGAGUGAAGCGUUCUGUUGACGGCGGCGACGGGCGCGACGGCAAACGCACGAAGACGAAGACGGCCGCCCCGACGAAGAAAGACAAAUCUACAUCAGUUAAGAAAACUACUCCUCGAAGCGAGUCGAAGAAGAGCGCAAAGUUCGGAAAGGAUGAUAAAAAGUCUGCCAAAAAGAAGAAGUUAGAAGAGGAAUCAGAGGAUGAAGAUGAUUUUGACGUUGACGAUAUCUCGGAUUCGGAGAUCGAUAGGGAAGAGGGAUUUCAUGAUGAAGAUGUUCACAUGGACGAAUUGGAUGACGAAGAAGAGGGCAGUGAAGAUACUGAAGCUACAGAGAAGAAGCCAAACUCUGGCGCGGAAUCUAUGAAAUCUGAAGAGCCUGCGAAGAAUGGAAGCUCAUCUCGCGAAUCGCAUGCCAAACAGAAGGCCCUUUUGCAAGAGCGCAAAGCCGCAAGGCCCAACGCCGAUAUAAUUAUCCGCUCGAAACAGCUGUGGGAGCGUCUGCGUCGUAAAUCGCAUGUUCCACUCGAGGAGAGGAAGAAGCUCAUUGCUGAGCUUUUUGAAAUUAUUACUGGACGUGUCAGGGAUUUCGUUUUCAAGCACGAUUCAGUUCGCGUUAUCCAGACCGCGCUGAAGUAUGCGAACAGCGAGCAGCGGAAGCAGAUUGCACAAGAAUUGAAGGGCCACUUCAACGACUUGGCACAAAGCCGAUAUGCCAAGUUCCUGAUCGGAAAGAUGAUUGUUCAUGGGGACAACGAGACCCGGGACAUGAUUAUCCCAGAAUUUUAUGGUAAGGUGAAACGGCUCAUCCGUCAUCCGGAAGCGUCUUGGAUUCUUGAUGAUAUUUACCGAAUGGUUGCUACGCCGGAACAAAAGGCGCUUAUCCUCCGGGAAUGGUAUGGGCCGGAGUUUGUGAUUUUCAGGGAGACAGAUAAAAAACCAUCUGCAGACCUCUCUGAGAUCCUAAAGGAACACCCUGAGAAGAGGUCUCCCAUCAUGCAUUACCUUCACGAACUCAUCAACCAACUUAUUCAGAAGAAAAACACCGGAUUCACACUGCUGCACGAUGCUAUGCUACAGUAUUUCCUGAACACAAAACCGGGCAGUACAGAGGCUAAUGAGUUUAUCGAGUUGCUAAAGGGUGACGAAGAAGGGGAUUUGGUGAAAAACCUGGCCUUCACCAAACCUGGUUCGCGAUUGAUGUGUCUGAGCUUGGCAUAUUCUAACGCCAAGGACCGGAAACUACUUACUCGAUUCUACAAGGAUACUAUCAAGAUGAUGGCGGGUGAUCUCCAUGGGCACAUGGUGCUUUUGGCAGCAUAUGAAGUCAUUGAUGACACCAAGCUUACCUCUAAACUGAUUUUCACGGAGCUACUGAAUCAGAACGCAUCGGAGGAAACGCGCAAUGAGGAGCUGCUCUUCCAGGUGACCGACCUGACGGCUCGGAUUCCCGUGUUGUUUCCAUUCGCCGGAGACCGAGUGAAAUGGCUUCUUCCCGAGGCCGAUCAGGAAAUCUUGAAGGAGAUCCGGGAAGUGCGCAAGGAAACCUCGAAGAAGGACCCGACAGUUCGACGCCAAGAGCUGGUGAAGGCUGCAUCCUCGAAUCUCCUUGGGUUUAUUGCUGCACGCGCAGACUCGUUGCUGGAGACCAGCUUUGGCUGCCAGUUUAUUGCCGAGGUGCUGUUCGAUGCUGACGGCGACAAGAGCGCUGCCUUGUCCGCGGUGGCCACUGCCGCUAAAUCCCGAUCCGACACCCAGGACUCGCCAUUUGUGGGCCGGUUGUUGAAGUCUCUCGUCCAAGGUGGGCGAUUCAACAGUGCCGAGAAGGCUGUGGAGAAGGUGCAGCCGCCAUUGAACUUCCACGCGUUGCUGUAUGAGCAGAUCAAGGAUGAAAUUAUGUCUUGGGCCACGGGAUCCAACACGUUCGUGGUGGUGGCCCUUGCAGAGUCCGAUGAAUUUGAAAAGAAGGGCGAGCUGUUGAAGACGCUGAAGAAGGGCAAGAAGGCCUUGGAGAAGGCCGCUGCGGCGACUGGAAAGGAUGACAAGAAGAAGGCUGGCCCUGCCGGUAGUGGUGCUAAACUGCUGCUGGAAAAGAUCUGA